UGGGUCCUAUCAUCGACCCAAAAACUCAGUCUCUACUUUCCUUCCUUCAUCGUCAUUCACAGCCAAAACUAAACCACAAAAUGGAUGAAGAAGAUCCCCUCGCCAACUUCGCCUUCGCAGAUGUAUCUUCAGAUGAAGCCGAUGAAGCAGAGGCGACAAAGUCCCGCCGCACAGGACAGUCAGAAGAAGCUUGGCGAGUAGUCCAGAAGGAGUACCAGGCAAAGGUUGAGAACGGCGAUAUUUACCAGAAAGUUAAGCUCCCACUUGGCCCUGACGCCACCAAGAUGGACAUUCAGGAGGUUAUCCAUGCCGUUGAAGAACACUACUUCUUUCACCGUUAUAGAGAAGCUGAGCAACUUGCUGCCGACGCCUUGAAGGAUGGCCAAGGACUCGACCGUGACUCUAGACAGUUGCUGGAAACAUAUAAAGACAGAUGUCACGAGAAAAACGAACAAUUAUAAACAUAUUCACACAACCAGCAGUGAAAAGGAUCCAGACAGCUUGCUUAAUUACGCUGGGUACGCUGGGACUAUCUCAAUUUCUACAAACAUGCCUUAGUCGCUUCCAUUGCCUGUAGAUAGGCCAAUCUCCAAAAUUACCCUUGAAAGCAUUUGUUGGAGAACCUUCAUUACAGCAAAUGCCCCAACUACCAGGCCCAAAAGAGAGAUCCUCUACACCAAAUUAAGUCACAGCCUUCCCCAAGCUUUCUGUUCUCGUACAUAGCAUAGCAUAGCGGCAUCAGUCUCAGUACUUGAUCGGGCCGGUGAAGUUGCCUUGGUAUGCCGCCGGCUUUUUGGCGA